GCGGCGGCGGCCCACGCGAGUACGACCCGAAAGAUGCCCGCCUAGGGCCGAUCACGUCCUACAAGGACAUCGCCGACGACCAGGAGCGGUACUUCCUCGACAGGGAGGAGGACCAGGACCAGAUCCUGUUCGACGACGCCCCGCAGAGCAAGAAGCAGAAGCGCCAGCAGGAGGAGGAGGACUUUCUGGAGCAAUCCGACGACGAGGUGCUUGCGUACGACGACAACUCGGAUGACGAGGAAGAAGAGGAUGACGACUAUGCCUCGAGGGGGAAGCGGAAGUCGGCCGCCGCCGCCGCUGCGUCAGGCAAGAACAAGAAGGCCGGCCGCAAUGACGAACAGGAGGAGGAGGAAGAAGGCGACGCAGGCUGGUGGGGGUCCUCGCGCAAGGAAUACUACAACAACGACGCGAUAGAGACCGAGGCGGACGCGCUAGAGGAGGAGCAGGAGGCGCGGCGGCUGCAGAAGAAGAAGCUCGCCAAGAUGUCCGAGGAGGACUUCUUCAACGAGGACGAGUGGCUGGCGGCGGGCGGCGCCGGCGAGGACGCGGAUGAGAAGGACGACGACGCCGCCGUCGUCACCGAGGUGCUCAAGGAUGUCGAGAUCCCGGCCGACAUGCCCGCCGACGAGCGGUACAGGCUGCUGCAGAACAUGUACCCGGAGCUCGACUACAUGGCCGACACGCUGCUCGAGCUGCAGCCGCUGCUAGUGACGCUGCAGAGGGAGGCCGAGGGCCAGGACUCGAGGUCCCUCGCCGUCGUCAAGUACCGGAUCCUGGGCUGCUAUGUCGCCAGCCUGGCCAUGUACUUUGCGACGCUGACCGCGCCGUCCCGCGAUGCCGAUGGCGAGGCCAAACCGCUCAGCCCCGCGGAGCUGCGCGACCACGAGGUCAUGGCGACGCUGCUCGAGUGCCGUGAGGCAUGGAAGAAGGUAGAGCCGCUGCAGUCCACAUCUCAAAAGGCGCCGCUGUCGCCACCUGAUGAGGAGGACAUGGUGUCCGACCUCGACAACGAUGACGGACAGCACGCCGCCGCAGCCGCAUUUGGAGACCUCGCCGCCCAGCCCAAGAAGAAGACCACCACGAAGCGGCAGGCCAAGGCAGACCGCAAGGCCAAGGCCCUCGAGGCGUCCCUGGCCGAGCUCGACAACCUCGUCGCGGCCACCCAGCAGAAGAAGAAGAAGCAGGCGAAGUCAUCUUCCUCUGCCACCGCCAUCGCGCAGGAUGACGACGAAAACGACAGCGAAAACAACGGCAACAAUUCGGACUUCGGCGAGGAGGAAGUCCUCGACGCCCGCGCCGCCGCCGAAAAGGCGGCCCGCAAGAAGUCCCUGCGCUUCUACACCUCGCAGAUUGUGCAAAAGGCCAACCGCCGCGCCGGCGCGGGCCGCGACGCCGGAGGCGACAUGGACCUCCCCUACCGGGAGCGCCUCAAGGACAGGCAGCUGCGGCUCAACGCCGAGGCCGAGAAGCGCGGCCUCAAGCUGGGCAAGGGCGCAGAGCUCGGGAGCGGCGCAUCCGACGACGAGGACGACGAGGCGGAGCAGAAGAAGGCGGCGGCCGCGAUCCGCGAGGACGAGGACGAGUACUACGACAUGGUUGCCGCGCGGACGUCGCGAAAGAAGGAGGACAAGGCGGCGCGCAAGGAGGCGCUGGCUGCGGCCUCGGUGACGGACCGCAUCGUCGAGACCGAGACGGUCGACGCCGAUGGCAAGCGCAAGAUCACCUACGCUAUCGAGAAGAACAAGGGUCUUGCGCCCAAGCGCAACAAGGACAACCGCAACCCGCGUGUCAAGAAGCGCAAGAUGUACGCCGACAAGCAGAAGAAGCUCAAGAGUAUGAAGGCCGUGUACAGCGGUGGCGAAGGCAAGGGUGGGUACGGCGGAGAGCUGACGGGUAUCAAGUCUGGCCUCAUCAAGAGUGUCAAGUUAUAGAGCUGUUAGUUUGGCGGCACUUGUGUACAUAUUCGCUGGGUACAUUCCAAUAUAUUGAUGCAGCCCAU